AUGGAGAAGAGGCUCUCGCUUCGCCAGCGACUCUCCCAAGCAACUUGGGGCUGGUACUCGGCCUCGAUGGCGACGGGGGGUAUUGCCGUGCUGCUCUACAACACCCCUCACCAGUUCACGGGCCUCGAGACAAUCGGCAAGAUUGUCUAUAUCUUCAAUAUUGUCCUCUUUGUUGGGAUCUCCCUCUGCAUGGUUGUGCGCUUCUGUUCGAGCCCGCCCGCCCUGAAAGAGUCCGUCCGCGACCCCAGCGAGACGCACUUUAUCGCGACAUGCCCUCUCGCUGUCGCGACCAUCAUCCUUGGCGCCUCGAGCUACGGCACAGACGCGUGCGGGCCCUGGCUACUGGCUGCCCUACACGCGGUCUUCUGGGUCUACGUUACAGCCUCGGUCGUCCAGGCAAUUGCCCACAACUGGUACCUCUACCACCGACGCAUGGCCAGCCAGCAGCCCAUGGCUAUCGUUAGGUGCCUGCCGUCCUUCCCGGCGAUGCUCAGCGGCACGAUUGCCGCUGGCCUGGCGUCCGACCAGCCGGCCGGCCGGGCAGUGCCCAUGAUAAUCGCGGGCACUACGCUGCAGGGGUUCGGCUUCGUCAUGACGCUGUUUGUCUACUCGGAGUACUUCUACCGCCUGAACAAGGACGGUCUGCCGGACCUCCAUGACCGGCCGGAGAUGUUUAUUGCCGUGGGACCGUGGAGUUUCACGGCGCUGGCGCUGAUUGGGAUGGCAGAGGCUGCAGUGGAGAAGGUCCCGGCAGGCUACAUCGUUUCGUCGGCCACAGACACUGCAGUGGCCGUCGCAACAGGGCAGAUUGCACUUGUGCUCGCCUCACUCGUGGCCAUCUUCCUGUGGAUGCUGGCCCUCUACUGUCUGUGCAUUGCCAUCCUCAGCAUGCUGGCGCCGUGUCGUGCCCUCGGUGGAGAAGGGAGGGUGCCGAUGUCGCUGGCAUACUGGAGCAUGGUAUUCCCCAACACUGGAUUUGUCAUAGCCACUAUCAGAAUCGGACAGGUACUACAGAGCGAGCCGGUACUGUGGGUAGCCUCGGCCAUGACCAUUGUGCAGGUGGGUACCUGGCUAGGAGUCGGAUUGGUCACCAUGUGGAAGAUCGUCCACGCUUUCAUGUACCAGUAA